AUGACUUCUAUUGCAAGAGGCCUUGCUCAAUCACUUCCAUCUCCGAGAUAUACUGGUGAAGAAGAAGACAUUCCACUUCAUGCACAACAACGCGGCCCGCGGAUACUAGGUGCAGGUGUGCUCGAAGAGUCUCAACUUGUUCUCAAGAAGAAACCAGGCCCUCCGCCUUACGGAGAACGGAAUGGUUGGCGUCCACGAGGACAGGAAGAUUUUGGCGAUGGAGGAGCCUUCCCGGAAGUUUUUGUCGCACAGUAUCCGCUGGACAUGGGGAAGAAGUCUCAAGGAUCAAGCACAGCUCUUGCUGUCCAGGUAGACGCCAAAGGCAAAGUAAAAUACGAUGCAAUAGCACGCCAGGGGCAUAAUGAGAAACGAAUCGUACACACUUCAUUCAAAGAGCUAAUUCCUCUACGGCAACGUGCUGACAUUGGAGAUAUUAAUCUAGAUAGGCCGACUGAGGAAGAGGUAGCUACUUCCACUGAAAGGACUAAAGAUGCACUUGCCAAGCUAGUGAAUGGCGCCGUGGCAGCCCAGAAGCCAAAGAAUGUUAAUGUAUCCGCGAGAAAAGAACCGACAUAUGUUAGGUAUACGCCAGCUAACCAAAUGGGAGACAAUACAAAAAAGAAGGAUCGCAUUAUGAAGAUUGUAGAGAGACAGCAAGACCCUAUGGCACCGCCCAAAUUCAAGCACAAGAAGAUCCCACGAGGUCCUCCCUCUCCUCCACCACCUGUUAUGCACUCGCCACCUCGAAAACUAACCGCCGAAGACCAGGAGGCUUGGAAGAUUCCACCUCCAGUUUCUAAUUGGAAGAACCCUAAAGGAUACACUGUGCCACUCGAUAAGCGGCUGGCAGCAGAUGGCAGAGGCCUUCAAGAUGUUACCAUCAAUGACAAAUUUGCCCAAUUUGCUGAAGCGCUAUUUACGGCAGACCGUCACGCUCGUGAAGAAGUUAAGCAAAGAGCCUUAAUGCAACAACGUCUAGCCGAGAAAGAAAAAGCUCAGAAGGAAGAACAUCUUCGAACAUUGGCACAGAAGGCUCGAGAAGAGCGUGCUCAGGUCGAUUCCAGUCGCCGCAACCCUAGGAUGAGGUCCAGAUCCAAUAGCUACUCUGAUUCACAGUCAUCUUCCGAGAAUGAUGAAAAUGAAGAAGUGCGGGAAAGAGAAAAAAUUCGUGCCGAACGAAGAAGGGAAGAGGAGCGUAAACUCAGACAAUCUCGUAUGGGCGCAGAACGUCGUGUACAAGUAAUGGCACGUGAGCAAAAUCGAGAUAUAUCAGAAAAGAUAGCUCUUGGCUUGGCAAAACCAACGCAGUCAUCGGAAGGAAUGUUUGACUCUCGCCUUUUCAAUCGAACAAGUGGAUUUGAUACUGGAUUUAACGAAGAUCAAGCAUAUGAUAAACCGCUAUUUGCCGCUCAGGAUGCCAUUUCUAGCAUAUAUCGUCCACGUCAAUCAGAUGAUUGGGAUGAUGAUGAAGAAGCCGCGGAUACAGAACUUGGAAAAAUACAGAGAAAUCAGCGAUUUGGUGAUGCACUUGGUAAAGGGACUUUCAAAGGAAGUGGGGAUGUUGAGGCACGAGAUGGACCCGUUCAAUUCGAAAAGGAUUUGGGUGAUGUUUUCAAUGUGGAUGAUUUCCUCAAUAAGGUUGGCGAGGGCUCUUCUAGCAAGAGACAAUUUGGCCUACAGACCGACGACGGCGACAGAACUACGAAACGAUCGAGAGUUGAAGAUGAAGAUAAAUGA